CACAUGAGACAGUCAUGUGGUUCAGGACCGAUAGUUAAAAUAUUCAGUAUUUCCGGACAUUUCCUAAACACACUGGGGUCAACACAUACUGAAUAAAUCAAGAGGGUUGUGAGAGGAGCAUGGAACAAGGAGUGUGCUUUUGAAAAAUCCCGUUUCAACUAAACAAUGAUGAGCCGCGUGUGGAUUCUUGGUCUGGCUCUGCUGGGCCUGAGCUCAGCGCUCAUCUGUCCAGAUGGAGGGAUGUGUGAGGACAGAGACACUUGCUGCAAGAACUCAGAGGGACGUUACGCCUGCUGUCCUCUGUCGCAUGCCGAGUGCUGCUCAGAUCAUCUUCACUGUUGCUAUGAGGGCACAGUUUGUGAUCUGGAACAUGCCCGCUGUGUUAACAAAAGUGUCUCCCUUCCCUGGGUGAUGCGUGUACCUGCCAAGCAGGUCCAACUGGACCAUGAGCUGAGCAAGGGAGUGAAGGCCAUCAUUUGUCCCAACCUGGAGUCCGUGUGUCCGGAGGACACCACUUGCUGCCAGCUUCCUGACCAUUCGUGGGGCUGCUGCCCGUUCCCCAUGGCCGUUUGCUGCAGUGACAAACUGCACUGUUGCCCUGGGGGAACAGAGUGUGAUCUGGCCCACUCCUUGUGCAUGAGUGACACUCGAGAAUCCGUCCCGCUGUUCAAGAAGUUCCCGGCAAAGAGCAGAAGAAAACAACCAGCUUCUACUGUUGGUUCGGUCUUGUGUCCUGGUGGUCAUAGCAGCUGUCCAGAAGGUCACACGUGUUGUCAACUCCCCACUGGAGACAGUGGCUGCUGCCCCUACCCAGAAGCCACCUGCUGCAGCGAUCACCUCCACUGUUGCCCUAACAACAUGCAGUGUAACUUGCAGAAGCUGCAGUGCUUCUCUGGCGACGUUCAUAUUCCCAUGGUGGAGAAGAUCCCAGCACUGCGCAGUAACAGGAAGUGUCCUGAUAAGAAGUCUUCCUGCCCUGACCAGGCCACCUGCUGUAGGAUGCAGAAUCGUACGUACGGCUGCUGCCCGAUGCCAGACGCCGUGUGCUGUUCAGAUCACAUCCACUGCUGUCCGACGGGAACCGAGUGUGACCUGGCCCAUGGCGCUUGUGUCUCCCCCGACCCCUUGACCCUCGCUUCGUCUGGGACUCAGCUGACGCUUCUACAAACUGAUGCUGUCAAAGUGCAUUGCGACCUGAGGUGGUCCUGCAGUGAUGGUCACACCUGCUGUAGAACACCUGAAGGUGAAUGGUCCUGCUGCCCCAUCUCAGAGGCCGUCUGCUGUGAAGACCACCUCCACUGCUGUCCUCAUGGAUCCGUGUGUAACCUGGCUACCUCCACCUGUGACAACCCCUCAGGGGUGGCAAUCGUACCGUUCCUCACAAGCGUGCCAGCACACUCUCUGCUCGGGGUCAACACUAAGUGUGAUGAAAGCGUUUCCUGUCCCGGGAAGUCUUCCUGCUGCAAGACAGUCUCGGGAAAGUGGGGCUGCUGCCCACUGCACGAGGCCGUCUGCUGUGACGACCACAUCCACUGUUGUCCUCAUGGAACCAUCUGCAACAUACAAGCCCAAACCUGUGAUGACCCGGCUGGUGUACAUGAAUCUCAAGUCUGGGCGACCAAAUUAGAUGGUCUGACCACUGAACCGGAUCAGGAUUGUGAUGAGCAGACUCGGUGUCGAGGAGGAACCACCUGCUGCAAAGGGGCUUCUGGGCAGUGGGCGUGCUGCCCCCUGAGUAAGGCUGUUUGCUGCAGUGACGGUGAGCACUGCUGUCCGAAUGGCUUCAAGUGCAACAUGAAAGAAAAAACCUGCAACAAAGAGGGAGAGGUGACUUUCCCGUGGGUCCGGAAGACGCCUGCACUGAGAAAAGUGUCCAGCUUGGUUGCUGUCACAGCAGCCAACUCUCCCCGAAACAACUGCGAUGGUCAGACCAGCUGCCCCAAGGAGACAACCUGCUGCUUCAUGGAGAGGACUCAGAAGUGGGGCUGCUGCCCGCUGCCUCAGGCGGUCUGCUGUGAGGAUGGAAACCACUGCUGUCCUCGUGGUCACGCCUGCCUUCCACAUCGCUCGUCCUGCUCCAAAGGUCCCCACCUCAUCCCGUGGUUCACCAAAAUCGCUGCCACCACGGAAGCCAGCGACGUUUCGGACGUGCCGUGCGACAAACACACCAGCUGUGCAGCCGGAACCACCUGCUGCAAGCUGCAGACCGGGGAGUGGGGCUGCUGCCCACUGGUCAAGGCGGUCUGUUGCGCAGACCACCAGCACUGCUGCCCACAGGGCUACAAUUGCAACAUGCAGACUGGAACCUGUGAGAAGAAGACGUACCACGAGGGCCGCCAAUCGCUGUCCAUGACCAAAGUUCUUGCCAACCAGGACACACUUGUACCAUGUGACCACUCCGGGAACUUCCACUGCCCCCUGCAGGAGACUUGCUGUCAGAUAUCAGACUCGGAGUGGAAGUGCUGCCCCUCCCCCAAGGCCGUCUGUUGCGCCAACUCUCGCAGCUGCUGUCCGGCAGGAUUCGCCUGUGAUGUGGAGGCGGGGAGCUGCCGCCAGCUGACUCCUCGCACCUGGCACUAUUGGUCUCAGGACAAAAAGUCAAACUUGUAACUCCAGUUACAAGUUCAAGCUUUGUACUUUAAUGUAUCUUUGGGAUUUUGCACAUAUUGUAGGACGUUACAGGUACUGCUUCUUUGCCACAUCUGCUACGAACGAGGUCACUGUGCUGUGGUUUCAUCUAAUGGAGGCCACCUUGAUCCCUGAAGAUCUUUCUAGCUGUUGGCUUGACUCCCUGGCAAACCCUCGACCCCGAAUGUCUCUGCCUUCUUAAAAAGUUCCAACAUGGAGAAUGAGGCUUUAGUUUUUUUUUCUUUCUGUUGUGGUUUUCUUUUUGUUGUGAAAAAUGAAACUUGAAGGAUUCAAUAAAUUUAAAAAAAUAUUACAAACAUUCAA